AUGGCUCAGACUCAGAUCCCCGUGUCCUCCCUCGAGAAGAUCGCCUCCGGCAAGGUGCGCGAUCUGUUCAAGCUCCCCGAUGCCGAUACCCUCCUCUUCGUCGCCAGUGACCGAGUCUCGGCCUUUGACGUCGUCAUGAAGAAUGGCAUCCCUGACAAGGGCAAGAUCCUGAACCUCAUCUCGGCACACUGGUUCAAGGUCUUGACGGAACGGAUCCCCGACCUGCGCACUCACUUCAUCACCCUCGACGUUCCCGCUGGCGUCACCCCCGAAGAGGCCAAGGCCAUCAAGGACCGCUCCAUGCAGGUGCGUCGCCUGCAGGUCGUGAAGCUGGAGAGUAUUGUGCGAGGCUACCUUACAGGAUCUGCCUUUAAGGAGUACAAGAAGAGCGGAACUGUGCAUGGUAUCUCUGUUGAGCCAGGCAUGGAGGAGGCCCAGAAGUUCAAGCAGCCUCUUUGGACGCCCAGCACCAAGGCCGAUGCCGGAGAGCAUGACGAGAACAUCCAUCCCGAUGAUGCCUGGAAGGAGGUUGGCGACCGCAAGACUGCUGACCGCGUCAAGGAGCUGUCGCUCAAGAUUUACGAAGAGGCAUCCAAGUACGCCGAGGAGCGAGGCAUCAUUCUCGCCGACACCAAGUUUGAAUUUGCCAAGGACGCCGAGGGAAACAUCUACCUCGUCGAUGAGGUUCUGACCCCUGAUUCAUCCCGAUUCUGGCCCGCCGCGGGCUACAUGCCUGGACGUGACCAGGACAGCUUCGACAAGCAGUUUAUCCGCAACUGGCUGAUCAAGGAGGGGCUGAAGGGCAAGGACGGCGUGUCGCUGCCUGAGGAGAUUGUCCAGGCUACCUCAGACCGAUACCGGGAGGCCUUCCUCAUGUUGACGGGCAAGAGGUUUGAGGACGCCAUUAGCCAGUGA